AUGCAUUUAUGGGACAGAGAGGAGCUUUGGCGAUGGAGCGUCUUGCUAUUUAUCGGCACAGUUAUUGUUUAUACAGCUAGGUCGGCUCUACCAGUCGUGUCUGUCUUGGUGCAGGAGGAUUUUGGCUGGGAUCACAAUGUGCUUGGCAAGGUUAUGGGCAGCUUCAGCUACGGCUACAUGAUGAGCCAGAUUGCCGGUGGCUUCUUGGCCGAUCGUUUCGGCGGUGCGCUCGUCCUCGCCUAUUGCGGCUUCGUCUGGUCUGCGCUGACCGUGUUGACUCCGACGAUCGUGCGUCUUUCCAACUCACCCGCUGGUGCAAUGAUGAUCGUCAGGACAAUGCUCGGCGUCUCGCAAGGACUGCAUUAUCCCUCGUUUACGUCGCUGAUCGGCGAGAAAGUGCAAGCCGGCGAACGCAGCUUUCCCUAUUCCUUCAUCGCCUCGGGCGGCCAAGUCGGUCUCCUUCUCGUCGGCUCCAUCGGUUCAUGGAUCGCAAGAAGCUACAAAUGGGACUACCUGUUCACUGCCAUCGGGGUCUCCGGCUUCUUCUGGAGUUUAUACAUUUACAGACUUAACGGCCAGUACUCUGCUGGGGCGAUCAAACGAACGCGCUCGCUUGAGAAUCCAAACCCAGUCCGACCGAACCUCUGCAAGAAAGCCGUCUUCGCAAUGAUGCUUGCCCACCUGGUGUCCAACAAUACAUUUUUCAUUCUCUUCAACUGGCUGCCAGCGUUUUUCCAUACCCACUGGCCCGAAGCUCCUGCCUCCAUUUACGCAUCUGCGCCAUGGUCUCUUAGUCUCUUUGGAUGCCUCGGAUCCGGCUACCUGUCGGAUAUGCUGGGCAAAAAGUAUAAUAUGACCUUCGCGCGGAAAUUUUCCUGUUCUAUUUGCCUCGGCAUCAGCGCUUUCUUUCUUUAUUGUCUCUCCAAUACCUCUUCGUUCUACGCCGCUAUUUUCAACUCGUGCAUGGCGUGCACGGCUUCAGCCUUUGGUUCAGGUUCGAUUCUCAUCAACCCUUCCGACUUGUAUCCAGAGGCGAGUGGAUUCCUUUUCGGAAUAAUGAACACCAUCGGUGCCAUUCCAGGAUUCCUCGGUGUCCAAGCUGUCGGCUACGGUCUGCAUCAUGGCUACGAAUGGCCGCAGAUCCUACGCAUGAUUGGCCUGCUCAACAUUUUAGGCAAUGUCGUUUACGUUGCGUUUGGCUCUGCUAGUCGCUUAGUCUAA